CGGGCAGAAGUAGUGGGUGCUGCCCCUCGUGGCGCUCCUUUUGUGACCAUUGGCUGCUUGUGGACCCCGGUGGCCCCUUGGAGCCCCUUGGAGUCAUGUGCCAAUUCACUGCCCCACGCGUAAACCUAUGAGGGGGAGAGGAGCCGGAACAGGUUCAAAGUUUGCGUAAUCACGGCUGGUCGGUCAGCUUGACCGGGUGCAGAUGUACCAGAGCUAUCGCUCUGUGCAUUUCAGCGUCGAAUGCCCGUUUGGUUUCGUCGAUUCCAUGUGUAAUUGUUCACUUUGGCGUCUCGGAGCAUUGCGGCUCAGGCUUCUGUAGUGCAAUCCGCAUACACGUACACGUUGUAUAUCGCACACGCAGGCAAUCUCCUCUUGUGCCGUUCCGUCGGAUGGCAGUCAAGAAGGCAUGCCUGACUUUGCGCUGGGUGGUGCCACUUCUCUGCAGCCUACCCACCGCGACUUCCAUCAGCGCGGGAGUGAACAUCAGCACCCAUGAGACUCUCCGCACGGAGGCUGAGCGAUCGGCGUGCGCGGCAUACGCUGGGGAGUACCAGGUGUGGUAUCAGGGGGCGCAGCGCUCUACGAACAUGUUCAUUUAUUGCGACUGCACCGUGACGCAGCCUGGAAUUUUCACUGAUCGCCUUCGUUUCACUAGUGUGUCGUCCCAGUGCCCCCUCCUCCCCUCGUCUCAGUUCUACAUCAUGAACUCGCACGGGACUGGCAAGUACGAGUGUUUGUUUCAGAGUGGCACUAUGAUCGCAGGCAAUCAUUACACCAGCUGGAACGCAUACUGGGGCACUAUCGAGUACCGGCUGAUACGCCGCGACUCCUCUUGUAACCCUUUCACGGUCGAUUGCACCGGUCGCACUUACAACAACCAGGUGGCAUACUGCCAGUCGCAGGGACUGUCCAUCGCCAGUAUCCACAACAAUGCCGACAACAACGCGGUCUUGAGCUUGCUCCAAUCUCAGGGAUGCAGCGCGUACAUCGGCGCUGAGUCCAACGGAGCCGGCACCUGGUCGUGGAGAGACGGCACACCAUGGGACUACGUCAGUCCGCUGAACGACGGGCUCACUGGCUACAGCGAGACAAAGAUUGCGUACCUUUCUGACGGUUGGUGGCACGAUUGGGAAACGGGGAAUUCCCUUCACGGUGUGGUGUGCCAGGGCGUAGCGUCAACGCCCAGCCCGACGCCCUACCCGACGCCCUACCCGACGCCCUACCCGACGCCGAACCCGACGCCGAGCCCGACGCCGAACCCGACACCCGUCAACGCCCGACGCCCUACCCGACGCCCUACCCGACGCCCUACCCGACGCCCUACCCGACGCC